GUUAUCCAGAAACUGUAUCGAACUCUGCAACGAUCACAAUACCACAAUCAUUCGCAAUGGCUGAUCUCACAGAUACAGAACUUACGGAGCGCUUUGCUCCCGCUGGCUCAGAAUUGGAGCCCGAUGUCCUCGCUGAGUUACAAUCGAUUAUGCGUUUGCAUUCAAUCGACGUUCAGGAGCUCUGGUACAAAUGGGAAUCAUACAGCAUGAAGAUGGGGUCUGAUGACAUGAAGCUGAAUAUCGAGACAGCCAGAGCCCUAAAAAAGGAUGUCCAGGACAGUUUGGAGCGCGAGAGUCGGAGCAAGGCUCAUGUACUGCAGUCGAAUAAACGUGCAGGAGGGGCUACACCGCGAAAUAUACCCAGCAAUGCAGAUGUGUUUGGGAUUCUGGAUGGUCUUGUACCGAAUACACCAAGGGUUGGGUCUGCGAAUCGAACCAACGGUACUGGGAAACGGAAGCUUGAGACACCCUCCAUGAGCAGGGUGAAGGUAGAGCCCGUGAGCAGUCCGCCGGAGUUCAAAACGCCAUACAAGCCAGGAGAACAGAACGGUCCAGUUGCCUCAUUUCACGACAGACCGAAUGCUGGUCAAGCAGUUGAAGUGCUUAACGAUCAUCUUGCUGGACCAGAACCUCCAAUUGCACCAUUUGGCGAACCUCGAAUCAAACUAACUGCCAACUCCGAUAUGAAAAAGUUGUCGUACAAACCAAUGGCAAUGAAGUCAUCUGAAGCUUCCGAGAUCUUGGACGACAGGAUAGAUGAAUUCAUGGGUCUAAUUCAAUCCCAUCACAAACUUGAGGAUUCCGCGUUUGGAAGUGCAGCAAGUCAAAGCACAAAUGAGAUAGUAGCGGUUGGCAGAAUCGCAUCGGACUCGCUGACAGGAAAGCUUAAUGAAGCAUCUCUUGUCCUCGAGACCUCACGCAAAAUGGGUGCUGGAUUGAGAACACCACUAAAACUCGAAGCUCUUUCUGGCUUUCAAUUCUUCCCUGGCCAGAUUGUGGCUUUGAGAGGUAUCAAUGCUUCAGGCGAGAGCUUCACCGUUAGUGAGAUCUUGGAAGUCCCUCUGCUGGCCAGUGCUGCCUCCACGCCCUCUGGAAUUGAAGCACAUAUCCAGAGGCUAAAGGGAGACCCAGAUGCGAUGGAAUCAGACUCAGACCCAGCUCCAUUGUCAAUAAUACUAGGUUCGGGUCCCUACACGGCAGACGACAAUCUAGACUUCGAGCCACUUCAUGCCCUCUGCAGUCAAGCUGCAGAUUCAUACGCAGAUGCACUCAUUCUCACUGGCCCUUUCCUGGAUAUAGAUCAUCCACUUAUUGCUUCUGGAGAUUUUGAUCUCCCCGAGGAAGCGUUGAAAGAACCAGAUACGGCUACAUUAUCUACCGUCUUCAAAUAUCUUGUCUCUCCGACUUUCAUUCAACUCGUUGCUUCUAAUCCUCACAUCACCAUUUUACUCGUGCCUUCUGUCAAAGACGCUAUCAACAAACAUGUGUCUUGGCCGCAGGAACCAUUUCCGAAGAAAGAACUCGGUCUGCCGAAGUCUGUUAGGGUCGUGGGAAAUCCAAUGACAAUAUCACUUAACGAAAUUGCCUUUGGAAUUUCUUCACAGGAUAUACUGACAGAAUUACGCACUGCGGAGGUUUUUGGUGGCAAGCCAAAAGAUUCCUCUUUACUUGCUCGUCUACCAAAAUAUCUGAUUGAGCAACGGAAUUUCUUCCCUCUCUUUCCACCUAUGGACCGAGAAAACUUGCCGAAGACAGGGACGCCAAGUGGAAAGCCGGCUGGAGCCAUGAUUGAUACAAGCUAUUUGAAACUUGGGGAAAUGAUCAAUGUCCGGCCUGACAUUCUCAUCGUCCCAAGUGCUCUGCCUCCUUUUGCUAAGGUCGUGGAAAGCGUUAUUGUGAUCAAUCCAGGAUAUCUUUCGAAACGAAAGGCGGCGGGGACUUACACGAAGAUCACUGUAUACCCGCAUUCUCUGUCAGAGACUGAGAGAGGAUCAUCUGUAGUUGCACAUAAGGUAUUCGAAAGGGCGCGUGUAGACAUUGUAAGGAUAUAAAUGGAUUGGGAUGGGGUUUGUUACGAGGUUAUGGCAUCACGGCAGAGGAAUUGGAGUAAUGAUCAAUAAUGUGAUAUGUAUCGUUUCAUCAUACAGCGUUACCUCGAAUCUAUUCUUCG